AUGUCGUCGAUCAACUACAAAGAGACCAUCCUGUACCGGGAGCAUCCCGAGGCAGCCCAGCUGGUAACCAAGCUCCACGAGCUUUCGGAGGAGCAAGAUGCACAAGGCACAGGUAUCAACUCGCUCAACAACCAGAACAUCCAGAAGCGUGACUUUAGCAUGUACAAAGAAAAGAUGAUCGCUCUGGAGCAAGACAAGUCGGAGCUCAUCUAUGCUGUGCUGCGCAACAAGAACGCGAGGAGGAUCUUUGAGGCCGGAACAUCGUAUGGCGUGUCGACGAUCUACUUGUUGCUCGUGUCUCAAGCUGCAGAUGCGAAGACAAACAGCAAAGAUGGGCUGCCGGCGAUGGUGUGGGGUACGGAGAAGGAGGAGCACAAGGCUGACGCUGCGACUGAGAACUUGGCUCAGGCUUUGAAGCUGCCUAAAGGUACAAAGGAGAUUCCAGGGUUCAGGAUGCUGAGAGGCGACAUCCUUGAGCUGACGGAGAAGGCCAAGAUUGAGAAGGACAGCCUCGACGCUGUGCUGUUUGACAUUUGGGCCGAGAUGGCGCUGCCGACGUUCAAACUGCUCGAGUCUGCACUCAAGCAAGAUGCUGUCAUCUUCAUCGACAACUGGCUCACCGGAGUCUCGAUUGGUACCUAUGCCAAGUUGAAGGAGUACCUCGAGUCCAAAGGAUGGUAUAUCGUGGCCAUGCCGUUCAAGAACGGACUCGGUAUGGCCACCCGUACUGCAGCUUAG